UUGAAAACCAUUUUUGAUAGAACUGUGCCUUCCAAAAUCAUGAAAGCAUUUGUUUCCAUACUUCUGGUAAAUGCAAGUGCACAUCACAAACCAUUUGAAAGCUUAUCUAAUAAGAAAACAUCAAGCCCCCACUUUUCAUCACUAUAUAAAUAACCUCUCAUACCUCAUACCACUAUCAAAGACAGCCAAGAACUGAUUCAAAAAUGGCUUCUUUUCUCACUCAUUUUCUACUUUUGUCUCAUUCUCUUCUCAACUUCCUUCACAACUAUUUUUGGAGUAUUCUCAGAGCAAUCCCUCUUAACCAUGUAUGCAAAACGUAUGGAGAAAACAACCCACUUGCACUUCUAUUUCCAUGACAUCCUAGCCGGCACAAACCCGACUGCCAUUAGAAUUGUCAAGCCACCAAACAACUCAGUAGGUGGCUUUGGAACUACUUAUAUGAUAGACGACUGGCUGACGGAAGGGCUGGAGCCAACUUCAAAGGCAGUGGGAAGAGCUCAGGGAAUGUAUGCUGUUGCUUCUCAACAUGACCUUGGGUUGCUUAUGGUGAUCAAUUUUGCUUUCUUAGAAGGUAAGUAUAAUGGAAGUGCCCUUAGCAUUCUUGGGCGUAAUCCUGUUCUUCAUUCUGUCAGGGAAAUGCCGAUUGUCGGAGGCAGCGGCGUUUUCCGAUUAGCUCGUGGCUAUGCUUUGGCAAAAACAGUGAGAUUCAAUCCAAAAACUGGAGAUGCUGUGGUUGAAUACAAUGUCUCUGUCUUGCACUUCUGAAAGCCCCAAGUUUCUUGCAGUGUUUAGUUGAUUUCCCUGUUGUUUCAAUGUUCCAAGUCAUGUCUAUCCUUCAGGAGUGUUUGUACCAUUUGCAAUUACUGUAAUUUUCUAGUUAUAGUAUAGGCUAAAGUAAAAAAAAUGAUAAGGGUACUUCUAUUCUUAAACUUUAGUGGCUUGUUAGGUUCUCAAUAAAUUUAGAGUACAUGCUAAUUUAAGCUCUAGAAGUACAAUUUCCAUGGAUGGCUGUGACUGUCAAGCUCAAAACCAUCCAUCCAUUAUCCAUAAAUUUCUUCAGAACAUGGUUUCAGUCAGAUAUACAAAAGAUCAACAAAUAGAAAGGAAACAAGAACAAAUAGAUAAAUAACAGAAGUUCUUGAUCUUGAAUCCUUUCGGUGGAACAGUAUGCACUCACAGAAGACAAAAAAAAAAAAAAAAAAAAAACACAUAAAA